AUGUCGGUGCUAGAGGGGUCCCGGCAUUCCUCGCCGUCCCCCGAAAGCCCAGGAACACCCAGCCAACCUCCAGUCUACCACCGUCACAACAGCAAAACAAAAUACUCCGAUCUCGCUCGCGCUGCCAUAAUGACGAGCGCUUCCUCUACCCCCAGACUCGAAGCCGAACCCUCUCUCAAUCAUGUCGCCUACCAUUCCUCGCUGAUGCCUCCACCAAAGUCCGCAUUCGGACGAAUACCUUCCAAGUCACUCCCUCAUGGCGCAAACUCGAUGGGGAGGGCCUUGACCGAUACACCCUUGCCCAGUGCGCCUGGCAGUCCCCAAAUAUCUGCUCGUGGUAGCGCACCCCCCUCGGGCUCUGCCACACCUAAACUCAGAGCCACCACCCUCGACAUCCCAGGCCUGACUCGAUCGAAAGUGUCUCCCAACGGCCAAAUCUCCGAGAGAGAUGUGGGAGCCAAACUGGUCAUCAUCAUGGUUGGCCUGCCCGCGAGGGGGAAGAGUUACAUUGUGAAAAAGAUUGCGAGAUAUUUGAACUGGCUACAACAUCCUACGAGAAUAUUCAACGUUGGCGAUCGCCGAAGAGUCGCUGCUGGGAGAGGCAAGCCGAUCCCAGAUCGGACUACAGAGGCGCUACGAGAGUCCGUACGAAGGAUGAGUUCGAAUACAGGCGCCGGCUCACAAGAUACGGCGGACCACGACUUACUCCCUCCUCCUGCAGUCAAAACUGAUAUUCUUGUCAAUGGCGAGGUAGCGAAGUUGGAUGCCUUGUCACCUACCAGCCCGCCACCUACGAAUGGUACCCUGUCGCCGGAAAGCAACCCCGAGCCGAUUCAGCUUCCGGCCCCUGAACCCAUGGACCAAUCUGCAUCUUUCUUCGACCCUCAGAACACAACAGGCAAGCGACUGCGAGAACAAGUUGCGCAUGAAACAUUGGACGAGUUGUUGAAGUAUGUCUUGGAAGAUGGUGGCUCAGUUGGCAUUCUGGAUGCGACAAAUCAUACCCAAGAGCGGCGAUUAUCGCUGAUCAAGCACAUUCGAGACCGGGACGAAAACAUCAACGUGCUUUUCCUCGAGUCUCGGUGCCAGGACAAGAAUCUGCUCGAGGCCAAUAUGCGACUCAAGUUGUCUGGUCCUGACUACAGGGGCAAAGAUCCAGUGUCCGCGUUGAGAGACUUUCAACAACGUGUGGAACAGUACGAAAAGUCUUACCAGAAGCUCGACGACUUUGAAGAAGAACACAACAUGGCAUACUGUUCGAUGAUUGAUGUCGGUCGCAAAAUGAUCAGUUUCCAGGUGAAAGGAUUUCUUAGCAUUCAGACUGUGACUUAUCUGAUGAACUUCAAUUUGGCUCCACGACAGAUUUGGAUCACUCGACAUGGUGAAUCGAUGGACAACGUGGCUGGCAAGAUUGGUGGUGAUAGUUCCCUCAGCCCUAAUGGGGUGAGAUAUGCGAAAGCGUUGGAGAAAUUUGUCGGUGAACAAUGGAAAUUAUGGGAGGAGAAUCAAGCCCGGAAACAGGCCAACACCCACUUCCCUCCUCUGCCAGGCGACACGACACCACCAAACCCGGAGUACACAGCGCAGACAUUGGUAGAACGCAAUUUUUGCGUUUGGACUAGCAUGUUGAAGAGGAGUAUCGAGACCAGCCAAUUUUUCAACGAAGACGAGUACGACAUUAAACAAAUGCGAAUGCUGGAUGAGUUGAAUGCGGGUUACAUGGAGGGAAUGACCUAUUCGGAAAUUCGACACAAGUUCCAGCACGAAUACGAGCUCCGCAAGCGAGACAAAUUAUCAUACAGGUAUCCUGGACCCGGUGGUGAAGGGUACCUCGAUGUCAUCAAUCGUCUAGGCAAAGUGAUUCUGGAGAUCGAAAGAAUGACUGAUCAUGCGCUGAUUAUCGGACAUCGAAGUAUUUCUCGGGUCCUACUGGCAUAUUUCAUGGGCCUCAAGCAGGAAGAUAUCAGUGACCUGGAUGUUCCUCUCGGCGUCUUGUAUAUGCUCGAGCCGAGACCUUAUGGCGUCGAGUUCAAGGCUUUUCGAUGGGAUCCCGUCAGCGAUGAGUUCCGCUAUGAGCCAGAUUAUCGCAUGAGACGAGCGAUUGACCCACAAGCAUGA